UUUCGUAAAAAUUAAAAAUUUGAUUUGAAUAAAUUUUUGUUACAGAUGAUGUGAACAUUAAUAAACAAAACAAUCAAAAAUAUAACAUGGGGGACGAAAUAUCAAUAUUUUUAGUGAUGUUCCUUGCAAUUGGCGGUAUAAUAAUGAUGAGCGCAUUGUUGGUCUGCUAUGCCUGUAUCUUUCGUGAUCUGUGUUGUAGAGAGGAUAGAUCAAAAAGAAGACAAUCUCAAAGUCCUCAUCAUGAACCCGAUGAUCCUAACAGACCCAGAUUGGAUGCAAUACUUUUAAACGAUAUUACACAAGGAGAAAGUAUGCCUACUGAAUCUGAGAAAGUUUAAUAAAUAAAAAACAAAAUGAAAUUAAUAUCAAAAACCAAAAAUUUUGAACAUGAUAUGGUAAUAUUAGGAAUUAAUUAAACAUGAAUUAAGAAACAUUAAAGAAAGUCUUUCAUUAUUAGUGAUUGUAAAUAUAAAGUAUAAACAAACAUAAUUUGAUUUUUAUUUCAAAUUACUAUGUUACGGAUUAAUGUAUUAUGUACAUAUUCAAAUACAUUUAUAUAUGUAUAUACAUUGUAUAUUAUAUAUAUGCAGUAAAUUUCAUAUAA